UCAGCGCCGGGGCCUGGGGGCGCGAGGGCGCGAGGUCCCGAGGUCGUCGGCCCGAAGCCUAGGCUCCCCGUGUCUCCACUUGGAGGGCCCCGCGCAUCCCUCACCGUUCGGUCGUUCAGGCCCCGAGUUCCAGGCCCGACUCACGCAGGUGAGGGUCCCUGUGCAGUUGGGGUGGCCCCCGCAGGUGAAGAAUCUCCAGGACCGGCGCACAAGGGCUGGCCCACGCAGAUGAGGGGAUCCUGGCCCGCGCAGGGAGGGGCAUCCCGGGCUGUGCAGGGCCACCUGUCCACCAUGAAAGGCUCCAGGGCCCUCAGCGGCCCCGAGGGCAGCCUGGAAGGCGUGGACUUGAGUCUGACAGGCCUCCCUCCACCCAUGAACCGGCGCCCCAAUAGUGCUUCCGCCACCAAGCCCAUCACUCGCUCCAUCUCCGUGGUCACGGGCAAUGAGCCAAGGAGGAAGAUGCUGGAGAACCCAGGGCCCGGAGGCUCCCGGGCCAUUAACAACCUUCGCAGAUCUAACAGCGCCACGCAGGUCAACCAGCCACAAGCCAACCAGGCAUGGCCCAGCCCCCUCAGGCCGGCAGAGCCCCCAGACUUCCUGACUCUCUUCGAGGGCAGCCCCAGUGGGAGAAAAAGGCCAGCCAGUCUGAGCAAAGCCUCCAGUGAGAAGGGAGCCACGUGGAAUGUGCUGGACGACCGGCCCAGGGCCUUUACCUUGCCAUCCGAUGCCCAGAGUCCUGGAGCCCUCGACGUGCCAGUGGGCCCGAGGAGGAGAGAGUGCACGGUGCCCCUGGCCCCCAACUUCACCGCCAACAACAGGAGCAACAAGGGUGCCGUGGGCAACUGCGUCACCACCAUGGUGCACAACCACUACACCCCCUCAGAAAAGGUGCCACCGCCCCCCAAGAGCUCCAACCACACGGCUCCCUCCCUCAACAACAUCAUCAAGGCAGCCACGGAUGAGGGCGAGGGCAGCAGCCUCGGGAAGCCGCAGAAGAAUGUGGCCCGCAGCAACCACGUGGUCCAGAAUAACUCGGGGGGUACCACCGGCCUGCUCAGACGGAAGGAGGUGACCGAGGAGGAGGCUGAGAGGUUCAUCCACCAGGUGAACCAGGCCGCUGUCACCAUCCAGCGCUGGUACCGACACCAGGUGCAACGGCGCCGAGCCGGAGCUGCCCGCCUGGAGCGCCUGCUGGCAUCCAAGCGAGAGGGGCAGCGGCAGCGGCUGGGAGAGGGGUCCCUCCUGGACCAACACCAACAGAAAGAGGCAGCUAGGAGGAAGGCCAGGGAGGAGAAGGCGCGCCAGGCCCGGAGGGCAGCCAUCCAAGAACUGCAGCAGAAGCGAGCCCAGAAAUCAGGCAAUGCUGACCUUGGGCCGCUGAAGGGGAUGGGGGAGACGGAGAAGCCCCAGCCCACCCAGGAGCCAGCCAUGAGGCCGGGGAGCACCACUCAGCAGACCCGCAAGGCCAAUAACACUGGGGCCAGCUUCCACACCGCAGGCUUGGAGGACGCCGGCCAGCCUGCCCUCGGCUCGUCCCCAGAGGCCCGGCAGCUCUCAGAGGACAAGCCUCAGGAUGCCAGCCUCCAGGACGUGCCUGGUGAGGGCCUGGAGGGCAUGGGCCGAGCUGGGAGCAGGGCCAAGUCAAAGGCAACCCUGGACGAGCUGCUGGACACGCUGAAGCUGCUGGAGCAGGAACCUGAACCGCUGCCCUGCCCCCGGGCCUACCACAAGGACAAAUAUGCCUGGACUGACGAGGAGGACGAUGCCAGCUCCCUGACAGCGGACAACCUGGAGAAAUUUGGGAAGCUGAGUGCAGCUGCUGGCCCCCCUGAGGAUGGGACCCUGCUUUCAGAGGCCAAGCUGCAGAGCAUCAUGAACUUCCUGGAUGAGAUGGAGAAGUCUGGGCAGGGCCGGCCAGCCUCAGCCCCUCAGGGGCCCAUGCCGGAGGAGGGGCUGGGGCGCCUGGAGCCUGCGUCUGAGGUCAGCACAUCAGUGAUGCGACUGCAGCUGGAGGUGGAGGAGAAGAAGCAGGCGAUGGUGCUGCUGCAGAGGGCGCUGGCACAGCAGCGAGACCUCACCUUCCGGCGGGUCAAAGAGACGGAGAGGGAGCUGGGCCGGCAGCUGCGGCAGCAGAAGGAGCACUACGAGGCCACCAUACAGCGGCACCUGUCCUUCAUCGACCAGCUGAUCGAAGACAAGAAGGCUCUGGGAGAGAAGUGCGAGGCCCUGGUGGCUGAGCUGAAGCUGGGGGACCAGAGGCGCAAGGACAGGGAGGCCCAGCUGCAGGAGCAGCAUGAGCUGGAGAUUAAGAAACUCAAAGAACUCAUGAGCGCCACGGAGAAAGUCCGCAGAGAGAAGUGGAUCAAUGAGAAAACCCGGAAGAUCAAGGAGAUCACGGUCAAAGGCCUGGAGCCUGAGAUCCAGAAGCUGAUCGCAAAGCACAAGCAGGAGGUAAAGAAGCUCAAGGGUCUGCAUGCGACAGAGCUGCUGCAGGCAGAGGAGCGCGCGGCACAGCACUACGGCCGGCAGGCGGAGGAGCUCCGCGAGCACCUGGAGCGGGAGAAGGAGGCGCUGGGCCGGCAGGAGUGGGAGCGAGCCCAGCAGCGCUUCGAGCAGCACCUGGAGCAGGAGCAGCGGGCCCUGCAGCAGCAGCGACGGCGGCUCUACAACGAGGUUGCGGAGGAGAAGGAGCGGCUGGGCCAGCAGGCCGCCAGGCAGCGGGCAGAGCUGGAUGAGCUGAGGCGGCAGCUAGAGGAGAGCAGCUCGGCAGGGGGCCGGGCCCUGAGGGCCGAGUUUGAGAAGGGGAAAGAGGAGCAGGAGCGCAGGCACCAGAUGGAACUGAAAGCCCUGAAGGACCAGCUGGAGGUGGAGAGACAGAUGUGGGAAGCCAACUCCGCCAAGAAGGAGGAAGCAUGGUUGCUGAACCGAGAACGGGAGCUAAAGGAGGAGAUCCGGAAAGGCCGGGACAAGGAGAUUGAGCUGGUUAUCCACCGGCUGGAGGCUGACAUGACACAGGCCAGGGAGGAGAGCGAACGGGCCGCGGAGAACCGGGUCAAGCGCCUCCGGGAUAAGUAUGAGGCGGAGCUCUCAGAGCUGGAGCAGUCGGAGCGGAAGCUCCAGGAGCGGUGUGCGGAACUAAAGGGGCGCCUCGGGGAGGCCGAAGGGGAGAACGUGCGUCUGCAGGGCCUGGUUCGACAGAAGGAAAAGGAGCUGGUGGACGUGAAGGCGGUGAAUGAGCAGCUGACUGGUGAGCGCAGCAGCCUUGCCCAGGUCCUUCGCCAGGAGUUCGCCGACCGGCUGGCGACAUCCGAGGAGGAGAACCGGCAGAUCAAGGCCGAGCUGGCUGAGCUGCGGGCCCAUCAGCGGCUGGAGCUGGAGCAGCUCACACGGGAGAAGCAAGCGGAGCUGGAGGAGGUUCAUGGGAGGGUGAAGAUGGCCCUGGCAAAGAAGGAGGAGGCUGUGAGCAGCCUCCGGAAGCAGCACCAGGCUGCGAUGAAGCGGGCUGACCACCUGGAGGAGCUGCUGGAGCAGUGCAGGCGGCCAUUUCCGAGUGCCAAGUGACCACCGGCUGCCACAGGCUGCGGCUACCCUGCGGGACACUGAGGCUGUGUGGGAACAGUAAAGAGGUGUCUUUUAAUA